AUGCGCUCCGGAUCGACGGUGCUCGACUCAAUCGCGCCGAAAGCCGCUUCUAAGGGUCCUACAGCUGAAAAGGAAAAUAACGUACCCAUCGGAUAUCAGCAAACGAACAAAAUUAUGGUGCAGCAAAUUGACAAUUUGAGGCUCGAGGUGGCCAACGGCAAAGACAAACAAGCGCCUGAAACUCUUAAAGUUGUGCCACGUUCAGUAAAGCGAAAAGCCGCAGUCGAAUUGGAGACGCCAAGGUUGGCGGCUGGAAAAGCAAAUGAGCAAAUGUUACCACCCGGGACCCCACUCGACUUCCCGAAUCCACUCAUUGAGACGGAUACAGUGAGAAGACGUCGUCAGGCGACGGGCCGCCCCGCCGAAAGCCCC